GUGAAGGGUAUUUUAGUCGUCGAGGGGAAAUAAUCGUGUCCCCGGGGACAAGCUGUCUUGGAAUCAACUAAGAAGGGCGCAAGGCGAAAAGAGAAAGGGGGAAGAGAGAGGGAGGACGACACUUCCAAACCCCAAUUCUCCUCUCUCCGACGCCCUUUCAGACGAUUGCUUUUGAAUUUCUACGGUUUCCUCAACGAGCUCAAGAUGCAUAAAUUGGGAAGAGGACACCGUGACAAAGUUCAGCAAUUCAUGGCGAUAACUGGAACCAGUGAGAAGGUUGCUCUUCAGGCUUUGAAAGCAAGCGAUUGGCAUUUAGAGGGGGCUUUUGACUUUUUCUAUAGCCAACCACAAAUUAGAGCAGUGACUGACUCCAGACAUCUUGAAGAGCUUUACAAUCGAUACAAAGACCCUUAUGUUGAUAUGAUCAUGGUUGAUGGUGUCUCUCUUCUUUGCAAUGAUUUGCAGGUGGAUCCUCAAGAUAUUGUUAUGUUGGUUGUAUCUUGGCAUAUGAAGGCUGCCACAAUGUGUGAGUUCUCUCGACAGGAGUUUAUAAGUGGAUUACAAUCACUUGGGGUAGAUUCGAUUGAAAAAUUUCGUGAAAAAUUACCAUCACUGCGUACUGAGCUUAAAGAUGAAAAUAAAUUUCGUGAGAUAUACAACUUUGCAUUUGGUUGGGCUAAAGAGAAGGGUCAAAAAUCUCUGGCACUGGAUACAGCUAUUGGCAUGUGGCAGUUACUUUUUGCUGAAAAGCAUUGGCCCUUAGUUGACCAUUGGUGCCAGUUCUUACAAGUCAGGCAUAACAAGGCAAUCUCAAGGGACACCUGGUCUCAGCUAUUGGAAUUUGUCAAGACAAUUGAUCCUCAACUAUCUAACUAUGAUGCACAGGGUGCAUGGCCCUAUCUGAUUGAUGAAUUUGUGGAGUACUUAUUCGAUAAUGGGAUCAUCCAGCGUGAAAAUUGAAAGGUGCCAGAUGAUACAAGCUGAACCUUUUGUUCCCAUAAGUGCAGUUGAUGGAAUAUUGUAAUUCAAAUUAAAAUGUUCAUUUUUUAUACUGGAAGUUCUUGGGUGUGUCUGUAAGUCCAAGAUUCCUGUUUCCUUGCUGGUUUAUUAUAUCACCAAAUGAAUUGCAUGGGGUAAUCUGCAUGGAUAAGCCAGUAUAUCACUCAAGGUAUGCUGCAUUAUUUUUACUAGUUUCUCAUUCAGAUUGGAGGCUAAAGCAAAGGCAUCUCAUUUUAUUUUUAUAGGUCAUUUUCAUGAUUGUGGAUCUGCUAAAAGGAAACUAUUCUUGCAUUUUAAUGGUUGCUGUGUUUUCAUUAUA